AUGGAUUCACCUGUUAGCACAGCCCUGCAGGGCAGCGGCAGCACCAACUACACAGCUGACACCUCAGGUCUGAACUUCAACAACCUGCUGAGCACUGCCUCGCCUAUUGUGCCAAGGGUUGUUUCCAUAGUGACCAGCCUAGUGACCGCCACUACAGAGGCAACAGUGAGAACGAAAGGGAACAUAUCAGCGCUCAGAGACCAAAGAGGGAGCGAACUCAGCCAAAUCCAUCAGGCAUCGACCCCGUCGGUGUUGAGCGCCGCUGAGAGUAACUCAGUCCUGCAGGGCAUCACGGUGGCAGCUCAGGCCCUGGUACUCCUCUCGAUCUUCCUCCUCUCCAGCCUCGGUAACUCAGCGGUUGUGAUUGUCAUCAUCAAACACCGACAGCUCCGGACGGUGACCAAUGCUUUCAUCAUGUCACUGUCGCUGUCCGAUUUCCUCACGGCUGUUCUAUGCCUGCCGUUCUCCUUCGUCAUGCUCUUCAGUAAAGAUGGAAUCUGGAUGUUUGGGGAUCGUUUCUGUGUGGCCAAUGGGUUUUUCAACACCUGCUUUGGCAUCAUCUCCACCCUGACUAUGACGUUGAUCUCCUUUGACAGGUACUAUGCCAUAGUCAGACAGCCACAGGCUAAAAUAGGGCGCCAGAAAGCCACUCGGUUAUUGAUAGCUGUUUGGUUGACUGCAGUCAUCUUCUCUCUGCCCUGGUAUCUGCUAAUCCGAACACCUACAGAAAUCCAUAAGCAAGGUUUCUACCACUGUAUGUAUGUGUUCCACUCUGGCACCUCACGCAUGGGGACAGCUUAUAGCAUCUGCCUUAUUGUCGUCUGUUAUUUACUGCCCUUUUCCCUCAUGUGUUUUUGUCAUUAUAACAUCUGUAAGACAGUUCGACUUUCAGAGAUACGAGUCAGGCCGGUGACCACGUACGCGUACUUACUGCGCUUCUACAGUGAAAUGCGCACAGCCACCACAGUUCUCAUUAUGAUUGUUUUCAUCAUUUUUUGUUGGGGGCCAUAUUGUUUAAUGGGAUUGGUCACAGCAAUGGGGGACUACACAUUCAACCCUGCAAUGGACACAGUAGCCAUCUGGUUAGCCUGGGCAAACGGAGCCAUUAACCCUCUGAUCUAUGCCCUGAGGAACCCCAACAUAUCCAUGUUACUGGGGCGCAGUCGAGAGGAGGGCUAUCGGACCAGAAAUAUUGCAGCUUAUUUGUCCAGUCAAACGCAGAACCGCGAGGUCCGGCUAAACCAAGCGGACAGGAUAAGGGACCGCUACGUGAGUCGGGUGGGGGUAAAUAAUAACAGCCGACUGUCGAGUUCAAGUCCAGGAAAAGGAGGAGGGGGAGGAGAGGUGGCAAUGUGGGCCUGUAAAAACCCUGCUGUGUUCUUCUGCAGGGAAGCCCAGCCUGAUACUGCAACACUACCCAACACUGUCAGCACACCGAAAAUGAAGACAGCUGACACCAGUCUGUGA